AUGCACGGCGCAUGUUCGUCCGAGCGAUGGUGUGUGAAGAAGCACGGCAUCGAUCUCUCCGACGGUUUCUGUUUAUGCCGUUUCACCUUCUCUUCUUCUGGAGCGGUGCUCGUGUGCCCAGCCCGCUGGGCCCACGUCCUCUCCUGCUCUUUCCGCGAUCGUGCCGGAGCUUCCUCUCCCUUUCGUCUCCUCCACGCUGAGCGGGGCUUCCACGAGCAGGACUGCCCCUGCCGUAUCGAGGGAUCGCGCGGUGACCCCUUUUGCGGGGAGCCCGCUCGGGCACAAGCUAUAAUCAUUGGCGAGGUGCUGAUGUCGCGGGCACUGCUGAGGGAUAUCGUCCCCCCUGGUGGUGCUGACAAAUUCUGA